AUGGCAUCUAUGGAAAAGGGGGCUCCGGUGGCCACAGUGAUCAAUAGGCGCGACAGGAAGGAACGUUUUGGAAAAUCAGUGAAAGUUGAUUUCCUCAUAACUAGAGACCCUAAGGAAAGGUGUCUGGGUCGUUCGGGGACGUAUCCAGUAGAUUUUGAAGAGGGAGCUGAAGCUCUGUCGACGCCUUUGUCUCUCUCAUUAUUAGGUGCUCCGCCUAUGUCCUCCAGGACCACCAUUCUCUCUGGUAGUUCACGCACAGAGGCCACAACUUCAACAGAAGGCGGUGGCACUCCUGGCACUGGACCCAGACCAGGCACCACUGGACCACAAGGAGGCAUCUCAGCUGGGAGCGGGACAGGCACCACCGGCGUAGCCCCUGGCACUACCGUUGCCCCUGGCAGUUCCAACACAGGGGCCACCUCUUUCCCAGGAGAGAGUGAAACAACCGGAUUUGGAAUAGGCGCAGGUACUACGACCACAGGCCCCGGAGAAGCUCUGGAACCUGGCAGUCACAACACAGAGGCCACGACGUCCACGGGUGGCAGUGGGACCACCGAAGCUGAACUUCCAGGAGGCACCUCUGUCAGCCCCGGGAGCCCAGUGCCUGGAAGCAGAACAGGUAAGGGUGACAAAAGACUCCCCUCCACUCUCCAUGGCAUCUAUGGAAAAGGGGGCUCCGGUGGCCACAGUGAUCAAUAG